CGCGUAAAACAACUAGUCCGAGCGCAAAAAGAAACGCAACGCUGUAAUGACAACAUGCAACGUGUCAUACACGUAAGCACCUUCACACCUGAUGCCUAGGAUCUGUGUUGAACGUUCACAAGAACAGCGAGUUCUGCGUCAAGGAGAGGAGAAGAUGCCUCAACCCAAAGUGAAGCUGGUGGUGACAGGAGAUGAUUUUGGCUAUUGUGAGAGGAGGAAUCAGGGGAUUGUGGAUUGUUUUAAAGCUGGUGGGAUCUCCAAUGUCUCUCUGUUGGUCAAUGCAUUCUCGGCGAAGCAUGCAGCAGAUCUGGCCAAAAGAUAUGAUAUUCCUAUUGGACUCCAUGCAAAUCUCUCGGAAGGUCUUCCUGUUUCUCAGAAACUGACAGGCUCAACACUCCUCAACAAAGAUGGGUUCUUUCAUGGAAAGAUGGGCUUCCGGGAAGUUCUGCAGAGUGGUCACCUCAAGAUGUCGGAGGUGGAGGCGGAGCUCAGUGCCCAGGUAAAUCGGUUCUGUGAACUGAUUGGACACAUGCCCGAACAUAUGGAUGGCCACCAGCAUGUUCACAUACUGCCAGAGGUACGAGAAGUGUUUGCCCGUGUUCUCUCUGAUUUUGGGAUCACCUACACACGGGUCCCAGUGGAGCCAGGUCUAAAAUUCUGUACGUUCCUCCCCUACCAUCUCCGAUGCUUCUACACACAGGUUGAAAAAGAAGCUCUUGAGUCUGUCGAAGUCUUUCAUCGGCAUGGAAUUAGGUGGCCUGACAUAUAUCUGGGUCUAAGCACCAUGGGUAAAAAUAUGACCACGUCUAACCUCAAACGAGCUUUAGGCUUCACGCUAGAGGCACAUGCAUCAUCACUGGAUGAUGGUGUAAUUUCUCCAUUAAUACUGACACAGACCAGUGAAACAGCGGUUAACUCCCAUCAGCCAGUUACCGCUGAACUCAUGGUUCAUCCUGGAUAUCAGAGUCAUCCGCAGCAGGGCGGAUGCGGAGAAGGACCGGAUGAUUUCUCACAGUCCUCAGACCGAGUACAUGAGCUUAAUACUUUACAGGACCCUCAGGUACUCAGUUAUUAUAGGCAACAGGGGAUCCACCUCUGUGCCUUUAAAGACCUUUAACAACACUCCAGGUUAUCCAGAAGCUGCUCUAGGAUCAAUUUUAAUUGUGGCUACCAUCUGUGGACUUGCAGUUGUAAUUCAAAGGUGCAUUUUUAAUUAGAUUUGAUGAGCGAAAAAAGCCUCAUAUUUAUGACUGUAAUAAAUGUACUAUAUGAAGAUUUUAACUGAACAUGUAGCGCUUACUUUAUAUAUUUAAAAUUGCAAUUUAUUUUCUUUUAAGUACAACGUUUGAAACAAAUGUAUUUAUGAUAUUUAAUUUUGAAAUUGAAUUAAAAGCAUAGUCUCUUUUAUUCGGUGUGUUUCUUUUUGUGUGUAGAUUUACGCAGUCAUUAGUAAAAUAAAAACAUGUAGAAAACCA